CCCAGCCAAUCUCAUUUGUUGACCUGUUCCUCUCAACCUUCACCUACCAUCAAACUCAGGAGGGGCACCUUCAACGAGGUACAGGGGAUUUUUACCAGCACAGUCAGAAUUUACCAACACAAACUCGUCACAUUCACCAUGUCCCUACUGUCCGCCUACAGGUUUACCCCGAAGCUCUUAAAUUCAACGAAGAGCACAGCAUGUCUCUUCGCCGCUUCCAGAAAUGCCACUACAUCAACAAACCUGAGAGAUGUGCUUUUGGAUCUCGUCCCUAAAGAACAGAGUAGGAUUAAGAAUUUCAAAACGCAGUAUGGCAAGACCAACAUCGGCUCAAUCACUGUGGAUAUGAUCUACGGUGGGAUGAGAGGUAUGAAGGGCCUGGUGUAUGAGACCUCAGUGCUGGAUGCAGAUGAGGGAAUUCGUUUCCGUGGUUACAGCAUUCCAGAGUGCCAGCAGCUGUUGCCCAAGGCUCCAGGAGGUGCUGAGCCACUGCCCGAAGGUCUGUUCUGGCUGCUGGUGACAGGCCAGGUGCCCACAGAGGAACAGGUGAACUGGCUGUCCAAGGAGUGGGCCAAGCGUGCAGCUCUUCCCUCCCACGUGGUCACCAUGCUGGAUAACUUCCCCACCAACCUCCACCCCAUGUCUCAGUUCAGCUCCGCCAUCACAGCUCUGAACAGUGAGAGUAGCUUCGCCCGAGCCUACUCCGAGGGAGUCAACAAGGCCACGUACUGGGAGUUUGUCUAUGAAGACUCCAUGGAUCUGAUCGCUAAACUGCCAUGCGUUGCGGCCAAGAUUUACCGCAACCUUUACCGUGAGGGCAGCAGCAUCGGCGCCAUCGACUCCAGUCUGGACUGGUCCCACAACUUCACCAACAUGCUGGGCUACAGCGAUGCCACGUUCACUGAGCUCAUGCGACUGUACCUCACCAUUCACAGUGACCAUGAGGGUGGUAAUGUGAGUGCCCACACCAGCCACUUAGUGGGCAGUGCCCUGUCUGACCCCUACCUGUCCUUCAGCGCAGCUAUGAAUGGCUUGGCCGGACCUCUUCAUGGACUGGCUAACCAGGAGGUGCUGGUAUGGCUGACGGCCCUGCAGAAGGAGAUGGGAGGAGAGGUGUCUGACGAGGCCAUGAGAGACUACAUCUGGAACACCCUCAAGUCUGGAAGGGUGGUUCCAGGUUACGGCCAUGCCGUCCUGAGGAGGACAGACCCCAGGUACACCUGCCAGCAGGAGUUUGCCUUCAAGCACCUGCCCGAUGACCCCAUGUUCAAACUGGUGCACCAACUCUACAAGAUCGUGCCCAACGUGCUGCUGGAGCAGGGCAAGGCCAAGAACCCCUGGCCCAAUGUGGACGCCCACAGUGGAGUGCUGCUGCAGUACUAUGGGAUGACAGAGAUGAACUACUACACGGUGCUGUUCGGCGUGUCCCGAGCAUUGGGGGUGCUGGCCCAGCUGAUCUGGAGCCGAGCCCUGGGCUUCCCCCUGGAGCGCCCCAAGUCCAUGAGCACGGACGGACUCAUGAACCUGGUGGGGGCCAACAAAUCCGGGUAAAGAUGAAGAGGGAAGCAGUAGGAUGAGGACAAAGAAUAACAAAAGGGGGGGGCGGAAUAGGGGAGUUGGAUGCAAAAUAUAUAGUACACUUAUGAAAACAUUAAAGGGCCUUUGCUGGAUUUAGCCUGUUCAAGUCAGUGACACCAAGGUUAUUUUUUUCCUUUCGUUGAGCCAUGGUAGUUGUCUUGAGAUAUUGAAGAUGACUUGGUUUUGUAAAGAAAUCAUGUCCAUUUUUUUGUUCUAAAAUGUGGGUGACUCGCAUUGUCUGACGGAAUUAUCCAAAAUACCAAAACAAAAGACAACACUCCAUGGCAAGCAAGGUCCUUCUGUAAUGUAACCACUCUAAUCUGGCCCAGCAGGUUAGAAUAUGUACAGUAUGCAAAUGACCAGGGUCGGUAGAUUAGUAAUAGGGUACUGCAGCCACUUUCAUCACUGACUGACGACACACCGCUAUCAAUUAAGGCAGAGUUCACUUAUUACACCACCUCUUUCUGGCAGUAUUCACCAACCCCAUGGCACCUCUGACAAUCAGAAUACUCUGCAGGUUGUACAGUGCUUCACAAAUGGCGCUAUCUGUUCUCUUGGGGAGGGAGGUUGUUUUGAAAAGUGAUAGACAGGGUAAGACAGCACUGUUUCCCAAGCUGAAAGUACUUUGACUGUUUUUAAAUAUUUUCUAUCAGAUUCGAGGGGGGGGGGAGUGUGAAUUCAUCUUUUAGACUUUCUUGAAGACCUGAGGGCAACCUUAAAACAUUAGUUGAACUCAAUCAAUUUUCUCUUAUCAGCAAAAUGAAUGUAAUUGAAGAGAUGGCUAGCAUUGACUAAUGGCACACUUGACCCGUUAAAUCAAUGUACUUUUAGAAUGUUUUGUAAAUGUUUGCUGGUUUUACUAUGUCCAACUGAAAUGUCUCAUGUUGCUCAUGAAGCAAGCACACAUCUGAAACACCAUAUGAAAUAAUCUAAUGGUUGUGUUAAACUGGAUUGUUAAGAUACAUAUUUGCUUGGUUUAGUUUUAAGGUUGCCCUCCGUUCUAGUGGUGGGGGGCCUUAUGUGUUUGUAAUAGUCUGUUUCAAUGCAGACCUUAUCCAAUACACUCCAAUUGGGCACAGAGGGCCCAACACCACCCCCUGGGUAUUAAUUUAAUUUGUUUUCAACAGCCCCCUACACUGUCUUUUCCCAGCUGAUUCCUUCCCACAUAGUAUACAUGUAUUUUAGGUUUUACAAGUUUGUUCUGAUCCUGUUUUAAUCAAACCUCAGGUUAUUCUGGUUUAACGAGAAAUACAUCUGAUGUGAGAUCAUUGUAAAGUGAAGGCGGGAUUUGAACUAUAAUGUAGCAGAGUGGGAUUGUACAGUGGAUGUGGGAGAGAAAAUGGAAAACAAAACAAAGUCCAAUAAAUGUUUUUAUUAGCAAUUA